AUGCCUGUGGCUAUCGAUACACAGGCUCAGCCGCCACCGGCUGGCAGCGAUGCAGAGGCGUUCACACCUCCAUCAGUAUCACACGUACCUAACGUCGCAUACCUGAUCGGCCAUCCCAUCGCACACUCCUCCUCGCCAGCCCUCCACGAUUCAAUAUCAGCGACAUCAGAGUUCCCGUAUGCUCAAGUUCUCGUCGAGACGAAAGACUUGUUGAGUUCUCUCAGAUAUCUGCGCGACCACCCGUCAACUCCACGACUCUUGGGCUCCGGCGUCACCAUGCCCCACAAAGUCGCCGUGAUUCCUCAUCUGGACGAUCUUACAGACGAAGCCAAAGCCGUAGGAGCUGUCAACACCAUCUUCUUCCGCAGAAACGACAUCAAAGAUGGACCACUCCGAUUCACCGGCCAUAACACUGACACCAUCGGCAUCCGCGACGCGUUCCGCUUCAAUGUGUCUUCCGAGACCCUCAAUUCAUGUAGAGGUCGACCUGGCCUGAUUGUCGGAGGCGGAGGCACAUGCCGCGCGGCGAUCUACGCCCUCCAGCAGUUUCUUGGCUGCAGCAAGAUAUACAUCGUCAAUCGCGAUGCCUCUGAGGUUGAAGCCGUGCUCAAAGAGUGCCGAGCAAGGAAUGCCGCCGAGCAUCUCGUACAUGUCGCCACACUGGAUCAAGCAGAGGGUCUCGAGGCGCCUGGACUCAUAGUGAGUGCCGUACCUGACUUCGAGCCAAAGACGCCCGAGGAGAAGACAGCAAGAGCCAUCUUGUCAAGUUUCCUGAACCAGCAACAGCAGCAAGGUCUCAAAGGAGGGCUGGUCGAGAUGUGCUACCAUCCGUCGCCGGAUACACAUAUUAGUAGGAUGGCUGCAGAGGCGGGCUGGAAGGUGAUCGGAGGCAUUGAAGCGAUGAUUGGGCAAGGCUUGGAGCAAUCCAAGUUGUGGACGGGAAUCGAGGUCACGGAGAAGUUGAGAGAUGCGGCGAGGAAAGCCGUGCGGCCAAAGCACUGA